AUGGUAUAUAUAGCUCGUCUAAAGCUCUCGUUAAUGCUUCUUGACACCGGUAGAUAUUCGAACAUUUACGUGACUUGUGAUAGUGCUAACACACAGUCAUCAAGUAAACAAUUCGUUAUAACAGCUCAUCUCUACAAGUGCUCGACAAGAAAGCGCUGUGUAAAACUUCAUAAGCGUCUCAUUCUCGUACCAAUCAUCUUUGUAAAGGAUCAGGUUUCGACUAAGGUUGCAUCUAUGACUUCAAGAGCCGAACAGGAGUACUCCGAUGUACUAAGAAACCUAGACGUUGGAUUCUUGAAGGACAACGAUGAAUGGGUUAACAUAGUUAAAAAAGUCAAUUGGGAACAGAUCGCCUCCGUGGACUCGUUGAUAAAAUCUACAGAGCAGCUUGUUUUGAAGUACACAAGUCCCAACCAAACCAUCAAAGACAGCAUCCAAAAAGUGUUCGAAAAUGCACUUGCAAGAUAUCCACUGCUAUUCGGUUACUGGAAAAGGUUUACAGCGGUGCAAUACCAACUACAGGGACUGGAAAGUUCACUUGAUGUACUGUCUCGGGCUGUAGAUGCGUUUCCCAAUUCAUUAGAGCUAUGGUGCGACUACCUUAAUGUACUAAUUGCGAACAAUCCACACGAAGUGGACAAAAUACGUAUGAACUUCCAGAUCGCAAAAGAUCUGGUGGGCUAUCAAUUCCUCUCACAUCCAUUUUGGGAUCGUUAUAUCGAGUUUGAAAGUAAUCGAGAGCGACUGGACAAUUUGGUCGCUAUUUACAAGACAGUAAGCCACAUCCCACUGCAUCAAUAUUCCAAGUACUAUACCGCUUAUAAAACCUUUGCAAACGACAAUGCAGAAAAGACUGAACUACAAAUUGACUCCGAAGAAGAGAUAAGUGCCAUUUUCGCCAACACACAAAAUUUGGUAAACAGUGUUUGGAAAUUUGAGUCCCAAAUAUCACAGAGCUAUUUCAAUCUGGGGCCACUGCCUCAAAGCGAGCUGGAUAAUUGGGAAAAUUACCUUUCUUUUGCCGUCGAAUCGAAACUAGUCAAACCCAACUUGACCAAAUCCAUCUUUGAGCGGUGCCUUAUUCCAUGUCAGUACUAUGAGCAUUUUUGGUUGAGGUAUACUUCCUGGAUAGAGAAAACUGAAAGCUUCGAUACAACCUUGGAAGCCUUUCAAAGAGGAAUAGGCGUAGUCCCAGCAAGCUCGCGAAAGCUGCGACAGAAUUUCUUGACUUUCCUAAAGUCAUCGUUGAAGGUCAACCAGGAAAAAUCAUUGGACAUAUAUUUCCUUACUCUUGCAGAAUUUGCUCGUGAGUAUCCCAAUGAUGGUACGUUUAUCAAUGACUUCUUAACAGUCCUAAAAAGAUCCGAAUUCGGAUCAAGCUUAUCCAUAGCAGAUCAAGAUAUCAUAAAACAACAAAGAGCGUUCGCAGGCUACCUGGAAAAAAACGUACGUGCUUGCAUCCGCAAUUCAGAAGACGGUGAUCAUAGGCUACAGAAUAUUGUCAAUGAAACAACACUUUCAGUGUUGGUGAUUAGUCUAAUCAAGGUCACCUACUAUAAUUUAGGCAACACGGCGCAGACCAGGGCAUUACUUUCAGAGUUCGAAAAACUACCACAACUGAAAUCAUCUGCGCCCUUUUGGCUCCAAUAUUACAAAAUCUUGAAGAGCACAGAGGAUUUGAAUUCGCUUGAGAACUUCGUGAAUAGGCUGGGAAAUGAAAUACACAUCCCGGUUCUUCUAAUAAACGAUAUCGUUAGUGACUUCAAAUCCUUCUUUAUGACUAAUGUCAAUUUGGGUGAUUACGAGCAGGAAGUGUACGAUGGAAGAUACAACAUCAGUAUUGAUCCUCUCGUGGAUCUUGACUUUAAAGUAAAUGACCCUCUCUGGAUCAAAAGAGAUACUUUCAAGAGCACCGAAAAAGUCAGAAAAGACAAGAAAGACAAUGGGCAUCCAGGUUUGUACCUCGAAAAGCCAGUGGUAUCCAACUCAGUGAUCGAAAGCCAAUCAAAAACUUUUGCGAAUUUACCACCUCCUCUGCCGACUUUUAAAAACCUGGAAAAGGUGAACAAAGCUGCGGUGCACAAGGACUUUUUCAGCAGCGACUUUUUGCAUUCAAAUUAA